CCGCGUGUGUAGUAUGGAGGCGUGACCAAAAAAGACUAUAGGAAGCAUGGGGCUUUAUCUGCCUCACAAGGUACUCUCCCAGUCUCCCCUAGCAGAAGUUUGCGAAGUUUCUCCCCGCUUGAAAGUGCCCCCGGCGACAAGUAUCCACCUUGUCCGAGCCUAGGGCCGUGGCAUUCAAGGUGUUGAGUCACUGGGUACAGCGGCCGUGCGACAUAAAUAUUAUUUGAUGACGGAGAUCGUAGUGGCGCAGGUGCCAAGGUAAACCGCUGACAAAGAUGACUGUGGUUGGACUUAUGGCAGAAGAAAGUAGGGUCGGGGCUAAGGCACGGUUCCAGCCCUAAAGGGAUUGCAUUUUAAGUUUGAGGCAACUUCAAAGCUCCCCAUGUGACAUCUGCGCACUCCUCGGCGGUUUUAACUAUGACAACCAGGGGUUCCGGCGUGAUUCCUUACAGUCGAUCGAAAUCUUCUCCCGCUCCCAUUCCUUCCCCACCCCAGACUUGGUCCACCCCUGAGUCCCUCCACUGCCCCUUCCCUCCCCCGCCCUAGAGAUGCUACGACUCCAGCGCUUCGCCAUUCAUCAACCGGUUCACACCGGCAGCGGCCGCCGCGCGGUGACGUACGCAAGGGGCGGGUCUCCGCCCCCGCUCGUCGGCGCUCGGCCUGGGGCCCCCGGCCGUGAUUGGUGGCCGGGAGUUCACACGUCGUGCCGGCUAUAAAAGAGAGGGUUUGUGACGCAAGGGCGCCUCGGCGCGCGUAUUGGCUCCCCGUACUGCGGGCCGGCUGGGCUACGCGCUCUCCUCGGAGCCGCUCACUGCAUGGUAGAGUCUGGUGCCCCCGCCGCCGCCUGCAAAGCCGCCGCCGCCCCGCGAAGACCACCGCUACCCCCUGCCCUGCAGCCGCCGCCGCCGCCUGUGUCGCCGCCGCCUCGGGACCGGCUGUAUGAUUAGGCCACAAUCUUCAAUGAGUAAACAUAUUCCUCAGUUCUGUGGUGUUCUUGGUCACACAUUUAUGGAGUUUCUGAAGGGCAGUGGAGAUUACUGCCAGGCACAGCACGACCUCUAUGCAGACAAGUGAACUGUAGAAAUUCAUUACUACUCCACCAAGAAGCCCCCAUAAGAGUGGUUAACCUGGACACAGAGUGUUGAAUUGAAAUCCACAGAGCAUUUUACAAGAGUUCUGACCUGGAUGGGGUAAACCUCAGUGCACUUCCUUUCUAUUGCCUCAGUAUUACUGGAUUGAAGAAUUGCUGCUUCUUGUUAGGAGGUUCAUUUCAUUUCCCAUUACUCCCAACUUCAUACUCAAAGCACUGAGAAUUUCAAGUGGAGUAUAUCGAAGUAGACUCAGUUUCUUUGCAUCAUUUCUGUUUCAAUUGUUAAAAUUCUUUCAUAACCUUAUUGAGUGUUUUUAACAAAAUUAACAUGGCUCGAAUGAACCGCCCAGCUCCUGUGGAAGUCACAUACAAGAACAUGAGAUUUCUCAUUACACACAAUCCAACCAAUGCGACCUUAAACAAAUUUAUAGAGGAACUUAAGAAGUAUGGUGUUACCACAAUAGUAAGAGUAUGUGAAGCAACUUAUGACACUACUCUUGUAGAGAAAGAAGGCAUCCAUGUUCUCGAUUGGCCUUUUGAUGAUGGUGCACCACCAUCCAACCAGAUUGUUGAUGACUGGUUAAGUCUUGUAAAAAUUAAGUUUCGUGAAGAACCUGGUUGUUGUAUUGCUGUUCAUUGUGUUGCAGGUCUUGGGAGAGCUCCAGUGCUUGUUGCCCUAGCAUUAAUUGAAGGUGGAAUGAAAUAUGAAGAUGCAGUACAGUUCAUAAGACACGGCGUGGAGCUUUUAACAGCAAGCAACUUUUGUAUUUGGAGAAAUACCGUCCUAAAAUGCGGCUGCGCUUCAAAGACUCCAAUGGUCAUAGAAACAACUGUUGCAUUCAAUAAAACUGGGGUGCCUGAUGUCAUUGCCUUGGAAGUGGAACUUGAAACAGGACCUAAUUUGUCAUACAUAUUAGCCAACAUGUUGGCUUAGUGAAUAAGUCUAAUGAAGCUUCCAUAGGAGUAUUGGAAAGCAGUUUUAUCAGGCCACAAGUUUGAUGGAAUUGCAACCUCUAUGCUUGGGUUACGAUCAACCUGUUUUGGACACUUAGCAAAAGAUUCUUGCUGUUCAGCAUUUAAAAUGUGCUUAUCACUUGUACCAAUUGACCUUUCCUAAAAUCAUGCAGUAUUGAGUUAUGUCUUUAAAUCUAUUCCCAUGCCAGAAUCUUAUCAAUAUAUAUGAAAUUUAGAAAGAUUAGGUGCCAAAAUACCCAGCACAAUACUUGUAUAUUUUUAGUGUUAUACAGAACUAAAAUCCCAGGAACUAUGAACACUCUGGACCUUAUGUGGUUUAUUCCUUCAGUCAUUUCAAACAUAGAAAUUAGGGCCUAUAUGGUUAUUUGCCUGCUCACUUUAUGUUUACAUCUCCCACAUUUGUACCAGUAUACAUCAGGUUUGCUCAACCUUUUUUUUUUUUGGAUUUUUACCAAGUCUUAACAAUGAUUGUUUCAUGUCUUUCUACAAAUUUUAUUUUGUGCUGUUAAGGAAAACCUCCAUUUUGAAAAUCUACAUUGUACAGAAGCACAUGUCUUUAAUGUCUCCAGACAAAAAAAGCCUUACAGUUAAUUUUAAUGUUUGCACUUUGGGGUGCAACUUACAGGGAGGGCCUGAAAAAGAGAAUGGGAGGGGGCUAUUAAGUAUUUUUAGUAAAAUGUUGCCUUUGUCUUGUGCAGAACAUGUAGAAUAUGCUCUUUAAUUUAGUAAAUAUUUUUUUAAAAGGUAGAGAUGCUUUGUUAUUGUAGCUAAAACAAUUCUUAAUCAUAAAAUUUCUGAAAUUCUUGUAUUUUUUUUCUUAUCUGAAGUUGUUUACCAACUUAUUUUUGUUUGAAGUGUGAUUUUUUUUUCCUUCUCUUCCCAACCUCUCUUGCAAAAAAAAAAAAAAAAAAAAAGUGGGUUUCUGCUAAUGAAUUGAGCAGACAUCUAAUAUUUUAUAUGCCUUUUGAGCUGUGUAACUUAAUAUUUGGAUACUUGAUAAUUUGUUUUAUUAUGUAAUUGAUAAAAUGGUGAUGUGUAUUAAUGUUAGUUCAACCAUAUAUUUAUACUGUCUGGGAAUGUGUGGUUAUAGUUCUGUGGGAGAAAUAAUUUGUCAGUGUUCACCAGCUUGUAAAAAUCUAGUGCGAGAGCUUAAACAUCUAAAUAAAUAAUGAAAUGCAUUUAUCAUCAUUGAAAUUGUUUGGCUUAAAGUUAACUUAUUUUGUAGAAAAUGAUAUAAAUGAAGUAUGCUUCACUUAGUGCCAUUUGAAGUAUGUCCUCUUUUUUUAUUCCUUUAACAAAUGAAGGAUUAAAUGAAGUUGACAUUUAGUAAGCUCUUUAUAGAUACCAUUUGUUAAGGUUGUGAGAACUGCUUAAUAUUAAAAAAUACUUUCCAUUAUAGACUUUCUUUUUUACAGGCUUAGUACACUGCCAACCAGUGUGCUAUCCUGAAUUAAACUAGAGGAAGGCCUUAAUUUGAAGCUCAGUUCCAACAAUUAAUAACUGGUUUUGAGCAACUUCUGAGCCGGUUUAUCAUUUACAAAUAAUAGAUCCCUUUGUAGGUUUUGAUAUUUGAACAUAAGUAUCUGGCACAUGAGGGCUUAAUAAAUGUUAAAAUUCUUUCAGUAAUCUAAAAUGCUUCUUUUGUGUAGUUCAUGUUAAUCUAAAAAGGACAGAUGUCCUUAUCUGAACUUUUUUUUAAAAGUUACAACUGAGUAAGAUUCAAAAAGGUACUCCACAUUGUGUUUUAAAGAUUUUGCUU